AUGACUACUUAUAUUGAAUACGGUGUAACACUUACAGAUGGACAAAAGUCAAAAUUGGCUUCUGCAAUAUUAAAUAAAUCACCACUAACUCUUCGGUUAAAACAUUCUCAUCUUAGAGGUUCUGAUGAGUUAAUGCUGACAAAAAGACAAAUUUCUAAAAUAAAAAAAUCUAUUGCAAAUGGCACCGGAUCAGAUAUAAAGAUAAGUAAAACACAGAUUAGACGUUCUGUAAAACAUGGUGGAAACUUAUUUUCAUCACUCGCAUCUCUUGGAGCAAAAGUACUACCAUAUGCAAUAAAAGGAAUUUCAAAAGCUGUUCCCGCAUUAGCAACUGGUGCUGCUAAUGCACUUGGAGAACUUGGAAUAAAUAAAAUAUUUGGAAAAGGAAUCACAAUUCCCCCACAGUUUUUCCCAAUGCUACCACCUCUCGUAAGAGAAUUUACCAAAUCACAAAUAAAUCAAAUUAACAAAGCUUAUCAAACAGGAGGUCGAUUGGUUAUAAAACCAACUCGUAAACAGAUAGAAGGAGGAUUUUUGGGAACACUUGCUUCUAUUGGAAUUCCAAUGGCAAUUAGUUUAGUAUCUAAGAUGUUUGGAUCUGGUCUUCAGGUUGAUAGACAUUCAUCAUCUAAUACAGCAAAUGUUUACGUUCCACCCACAGAUGGUGGAGGUUAUCCUUAUCAAUCUCCUCCCUUUUUUGGUACUUGGGAAAACCCAAUUGGAAUGGGAGUUAAAAAAAAAGUCCAAGUCCAAAGGCAAGGGUCUUCUUCUAGGAAAAAACAGCCCAUUCAAUUCAAUUCCAGUAUUAGGAACCAUUUUUUAAUCAAACCUCUAUCCAACUUUGACCUCAUGGAUUGGGUAAAGAAACUUGGUAUUAAACAUUUUAGAGGAAUAUACAGUCGUGAUGGUUUACCAAAAAAGAUUAGAAAAGAAUGUGGAAUAAUCAAUCUCGAUGACAUGACUGGCCCUGGAACACACUGGGUUUGUUAUAGAAAUAUAGACAAUGUAGUUGAGUACUUUGAUCCAUUUGGUUUAAUAAUGUCAAAUUAA